GGUUAAUGAAAACGGUACCGCCCGUGCCAAGAUUAUACUAGUUUUAAAAUGGUAAUGAUUGACGAUGCCUGAAGCCGAGCCGAUACACGGCAUAUUUCAAAAUCCCGAUUCGCCAGCACGCCAUACAACGAUAACGCCUAUCUCCCACCUAUGUCUACACUGAUUUGUCUCUUAUGUUUGCUCGUGGUUGAAAUAUGAAGGGGACUCUUGGAUUCUAUAUAUCUAGCUUAUCUAGAGUCGAAACGGGCAUAGAGGAAUAGCAAAUCAUAAAAUGGCGGACCUCUCUUCUCUGCUCGAAGCUCGUUACGGCACUACUAGUAGCGGUAGCGCUGCUCCUCCAGCAGCCUCUAUCGCCGCGAAUCUAACACUCCAAACUCUGCUGCAGCAUAAAUCCGUCCGCAGUUUUCUGCCUGACCCCCUAGACCCAGGCACCCUUGAGAUCCUUACGGCUGCAGCACAAAGCGCCGCUACGUCAUCUAAUCUGCAAACCUGGAGCGCCAUCGCCAUCACCACACCGUCUCUGAAAUCUCAAGCCGCUACACUAUGCGGAGAUCAAGCAUUCAUCCGCGCUGCGCCGCUUUUCAUCAUCUUCUGCGCGGACCUUGCACGUCUGACCACCACAUGCGCACAACACGGCACCCCCGGGACAGGUCUCCAAUUCCUCGAAAUGUACACCAUGGCCGCAAUCGAUGCAUCACUUGCCGCGCAGAAUGCGACCGUAGCCGCCGAAUCCCUCGGGCUGGGAGCGUGUUACGUGGGCGCGGCGCGCAAUCGGCCGAGGGAGCUAGCUUCCCUACUCUCAUUGCCACCGCGUGUAGUCGCACUAUUCGGGUUGGCGGUAGGACGACCAGACCCGGGAGCGCCGCCGGCGACGGUCAAACCGCGGCUCGCGCAGGAUGAAGUGGUGCGUCGGGAGACGUGGGGGCAGACUGACGAGUCGCAGCAGAAAAAGGGGGCGGCAAACCUCGCAGCAUACGAUGAGGCGCUAGCUGAUUUCAAUACGAAGCAGGGACGCGGCGAUGCGCCGGCAUGGACUUAUCGAUCAGCUCACCGUAUAGCAACGGUAGAGUCGCUGCACGGAAGGGACAUCUUCCGUGAGGUGCUAGAAGAGCGAGGCUUUAAGCUUCGGUAGGAUAUACACUGGCUAAAACGAGGUUAGUAAGCUAUAGUACCCAAUAUAUAGAUUCUCUAGAUAGAUUCUUAGCAAUAUUCAUAAUCUACCUACCCACUUAGGUAUGUUGGGGAAUUAUCCUUAACAUGCUAAACUUCCGAGCUCUGCGUAGGUACAUGUACUGUACCUAUUACCCCUCACUGGAGGUGUGCGGGGUUGUUGUAAGGGCUUACAACGCUAGAAUACACUAUAAAUAUAGUAAAAUACAGCACAUGGAUCACCAAUC